AAGAUAGUGUUUAAAAACUGGGCCUGGCCUGAAGCUUACGAGCUCAAUGGCGGCAAAGAAUCGAAAAUAGAAGAAGAACCUCAGCAAUAGAUUCCAAUCUUGUUCUCCAUCCAAGCGGUCGCUGUAAUUCGUAAAAGAGCCUGAAUAAUAAGGUGAAAAAAAAUUCGGAUUGAAUAUGGAUGAUGGUCCAACUGGAGGGGAACCCACUUCAUGGGAGGAGCUUUAUAAUAUAAACUUGGUUCCUUCACAGUUGUUCGUCAAGUUCAGGAAAGAAAUUGAAGGGUUUCGUGUUGGUGUCAAUUUGGAGUUCUACAAUGCUCCAGCAAACGAUUACCAUGCAAAGCUGGUAUUGAAGCCUUUGGCUCAUGACAAAAAAUGGAAGUUUAUGUAUGAGCCUUUAGCUCAGGAUGUGCGGCUUAUUUCAAAGAAGAUUCCGAUAACUAAGUUCCUGAACCUUCAGGUGGGAAUAGGCCAUAGCUUUCAAUUGCAUGCCACAGGUUGGAAGUGGAAGCUUACAACUUGUUUGGGUGGAGAUGGAGUGUCUAGAAUUCGGAACAAAACAACACUCGGCUUGUGUCCUGGUUUGGAUUUCCGUUUCGGGUGGAGAGCAGAUUAUGUGUUUCCAGAAAUUACUGGGGCCAUGGGAACUGGUGAACCUCUGUUCAACAUGAACUCUGGAAAACUACAAGCAUCACUAGACAGAAUUGAGACCAUUUUUACACAUUCCACGUAGCUGAUGUAAAAUGAUUGUGAACAUGGUAGAUUUGGAUCCCAAAUUUUCGAGAUGAUCUGUGUUUAUUUGGGCUGUGUGCUAGUAUAUAAAACGUCUGCUUCUGCUGAUGAGCUGAUGUUCUUGUCAAACACCAACAACAAGAAUGAUGUGAAUUUUUGCAGAAACACCUGCACCUUGAAUUAGUAAAAAAAUGCGUGGAUGGUAACAUCUUUGAACCUUCAGCGUUCAGAUUCCUACUCGAACCACCCGCCAAAACGAUGUCAAGAAACAAGAUUCUUAUCUAACAUGGCAUCCGUUAAACACUUGUCAACCGCAUGUGUAUACACUUGAUAAAUAAGUCUGGUUUCGUCUUUUCAAAUUGCGACUCAAUCUCAAUCUCAGUUCUAAGAGUGCAUUGAGCACCAAUCCUCUAG